UAAUAAGACUAUAUGACUGAAACCUACAAUGGAGCCCCCUCUCAGCCGUACAACAUCAGUUCAGAUUUCACUUAUCUCAUAUGGCCAUGCCAACGGGCCUGUGGUACAACAACCUCGGGAGGCACGAUAUUACCAAAUCUUAGCCUACAACAUUCGACACUUGCCCAACCCACCCCGCAAUCUGCGGGUCAACGCAACCGGCCUAUCGCGGCGAUUGCAGAAGGAGUUCCUCCAGAAUGAUGCGGUCGAGGCCGCCUUGGUCAAGGUCCAACAGGAGAUAGUCAAUGCGGUCCAAGAAGGCUGCGCACAGCCGCUGUGUUCCACGGCGCGGGAAGAACUUCAACAGGCCGCCUCGCAGACUGAUACGUCCCCGAGUUUGCAUGGCCAUGCCAGCGCAGAGCUCGCCGUUGAUGGUGCAGAGGUCGAUAUCGUGGUGACAAUCUGUUGCGAAGAAGGCCGUCAUCGGAGUGUGGCGUUUGUGGAGGAACUAGCCCGGCGGCUGGUUACCGUCAAAGAUGGGGAUGGUGUUUUGCAGCUCUGGGCCUUGAAUGUGAAUAAAACACAUCGCGAUAUUGAAGAAGGGGAGGAUUCUGAGCACUCCCUAGGUCAAAAGCGGCGUCCAAACAAGGUUCAUGCACAGACUCGACAGCGAGAACGACGUGAAAAGGGAAAUCGGUUUAGAUCGCGGGUCGGAGACGAGGACGAAACGGACGAGAUUCAUUAAACCCAUUAUGAACGAAGUAGAUGCUUGUUUUGUGCAAUGAGAGGGUACACUAUGUACAUUAUGGCAUCGAAAUAAUGUGCCUUUCCGGAAAAUCUGCUGGUGAUGCUGAAGACCCGCCUCUUGAGGAUACUUGCACUACUGUCAAACCCUAGGGGUAGUUGUGUGGAUAGUAGUACCGAGCAAGAGAAAGAAGACUACAGUGGUGCUAGCCAAUCCCACGUACGACAGGCAACACACAUUAAUCUUUCCUAUCAGCAAAUAAAUGU